UCAUUUUCAUUAGGGCAAAAAUACCCAAUCUCUCUCUCUCUCUCUAACGCACACAGUCGCGCACCGGAGACGCAAAUUUGAGCUCAAAUCCGGUAGAUUUUCGCCAUCACUACCGACACCAUGGCCGGCGCGGCGCCGUACGACUCCGAGCAAUCCGCACAUGGAGAUUCCGCCUCCGGAUACGACCCGAACUACGUGCCGGACUCGGUGAAGUCGUUUGUGGUGCACAUGUACCGCCAGAUACGGGAGAAGAAUGUCUACGAGAUCCACCAGAUGUACGAGACGUCGUUCCAGAGCAUCAGCGAUAGGUUCUUCAAGGACGCGCCGUGGCCGUCCGUCGACGCCGUCGCCACCUACGUCGACAAUGACCACGUCUUCUGCUUGCUCUACCGCGAGAUGUGGUUCCGCCACCUCUACGCGCGCCUAUCGCCAACGCUGAAGCAGCGGAUUGAUUCGUGGGAUAAUUAUUGCAAUCUGUUUCAGGUUGUAUUGCAUGGAGUAGUGAACAUGCAACUGCCAAAUCAGUGGCUGUGGGACAUGGUUGAUGAAUUUGUGUACCAGUUCCAGUCUUUCUGUCAGUAUCGUGCCAAGAUGAAGAGCAAAACCGAGCAGGAGAUUGCUCUUCUGCGCCAGUAUGAUCAGGCAUGGAACGUAUAUGGUGUCCUUAAUUAUCUACAAGCACUUGUGGAGAAGUCUUCGAUCAUUCAAAUUCUGGAACAGGAGAAGGAAGGUCUUGAGCAGUUCACUGCUACAGACGGAUAUGAUUACAGUGGUGGAAGCAAUGUGUUGAAGGUCUUAGGUUACUUCAGCAUGAUAGGCCUGCUUAGAGUUCACUGUUUAUUGGGUGAUUAUCACACUGGCCUGAAGUGCAUACUUCCAAUUGACAUAACUCAACAAGGUGUCUACACUAGUGUCAUUGGGAGCCACAUAACCACAAUAUAUCACUAUGGAUUUGCAAAUCUCAUGCUUCGGAGGUAUACAGAGGCAAUUCGAGAAUUCAAUAAAAUACUUCUUUAUAUAUGUCUUUGUCAGGAUGCUUAUAGACUACAGUUGAAGUUGUUCCUUUAUGAAGUAAAGCAGCAGCAACUACUAUCAGGCAUUCGGACCUUCUUAAAUGUAUACUCUACGAUCUCCAUUGCAAAGCUGGCCUCGUAUAUGGAAGUUGAUGAACAUACUUUGAGGACAAUUUUGAUGACAUACAAGCACAAGAUGCAUUCAGUCAAUUCAGAUGGGAAAAUUGUCUCCAAUAUGGACACCAAUUUCUACAUUGACGACGACAUGGUCCACGUUGUUGAAUCCAAAGCACCAAAGAAAUAUGGUGAUUACUUUAUGCGCCAAAUUGUCAAGCUUGAAGGGAUAAUGACUGAUAUCGACAGAGUAAAGCUCGAGUAAGAAUCGUAGUCUUGAUCUAUGAUUUGCCCUUUUUUGUAUUUUGGAAGAGCAGAACCAGGGCAGUUUCAUUGGAUCAUUUUUGAUCUUUCGAUAUUGUGUUGCAAGUUAAAUAUGACUUCCUUUGAUCUGUGCUAAGAAAAAUGUUGUAAUGAAGAGAUACUAAGCUUUUUUCUCGAGUAUUAGAACUCUAAUUUAUCAUUA